AUGUUCUGGUCCAAUGCCCUAAGAAUCCCUGCCAUUAGUGACUCAAUGAGACGCGAUCGAUUCUUCAAGCUGAGGAGCCACCUGAAGGUAGUAAUUGACAACGACGUUCCUGAAGACAGGAAAACAGACAAAUUCUGGAAGGUGAGGCCUUUCAUGAAUCGUGUACUCGAUGGCUGCCGCAUUCAGGCUCGACCAGAAUCUGUCUCAAUUGAUGAGCAGAUGGUACCGUUCACUGGAGCCUGUCCAUUCCGCCAGUAUGUGCCACUAAAGCCAAAUCCAGUUGGCAUGAAGAACUUUGUUCUAGCAUCAACAGAUGGCAUUGUUCUGGACUUUGAAGUGUACCAAGGUUCAAAGGCACUGGCUUCACAGGUUCCAGACGCAGAAGGACUGGGAUUGGGAGCCCUGGUCCUCAGACGCCUGACGGAAACAGUGCAUCCUGGUACAAAGGUGUACUGCGAUCGCUUCUUCACCACCAUAUCAGCUGUGGAAUGCAUGCUGGAGAAGCAGGUGUACCUAACCGGUACAGUCAUGAAGAACAGGGUCCCAAAAGCAAUGCAGAAGCUUCCAAGUGAAAAAAUCAUGAAGCAGCAAGGCAGAGGUACCACCGCAUCAGUUGUCAGAGGAGAUGGGAAACUGUGUGUUGUGAAAUGGUUUGACAACAAGCCAGUCAUGAUGCUCUCUACUGUCCAUGCAGAGCAGCCAGAGGACACCUGCCAGCGUUGGUCCAAGAAAGAGAAACACUACAUGGCGGUCAGACGACCAAGUAUUGUACGGGAGUACAAUGCUAAGAUGGGUGGGGUAGACUUAUCAGACAGAAUGAUGAGCUACUACAGGAUGAGUGUGCGAACAAAGAAGUGGACCAUUCGCAUGCUUAUGCACUUUAUGGAUCUUGCUCUGGCCAACAGCUGGCUGCUGUAUCGCCGAGAUAAUCAAGAAAAUGGUACCCCAAGAAAGGGUAUCAUGAAGUUCCUUGAGUACCGCAUGGACGUGGCUCAGGUGUUCCUCAACAAGUGUAAAGUCACAGAUGCAGAGGAAGAGAGAGCACACCGUCCAGAACCUGGCCCAAGAUUCCGGGUCACUCCAAUCCCCAACAUCUCAGUGCGCACAGCCUCUGCUGGUCAUCUGCCGGAAGUUGCCAACCUCAAGAACCCGAUGCGUUGCAGACUACAAGGCUGCACUGGGAAAUCCCGUGUGCACUGUUUGACAUGCAAUGUGUUCCUUUGCCUACAAAGUGGACGCAACUGCUAUGAAGCCUUUCACACAGGCUAG